AUGAAUCCACACUUAGAAGUUAACAAUAUUCUUUUGAACGUUCGUUCCCUCGAUGACUUGAACAGAGACACUGUCCUUGCGUUAGGACUCACACGAUCCCAACCCUCAAAGCCAAGAAAGACAGGUCCCAUGCACCAGGCGGCGGCAGGGGUAAUGUACUGUACAUACACUUUGCAGAUGUCCUCGAUGCCCAGAUCCGAGAUCAUACCCGUCAUCGCCAUAGAUAUCGGCGUCAGCGGGCCUCUUGACAGGUUAUUCAAAGAUGCAGAGAAGUUGCUGCAUGGGACAGAAGGUUAUACGCAGCUUGUACUUCUCAUUAACAUUCAAGAGGAUUGGAAGAGGGUAGACGUGUAUCCCUGGGGCUUAACGGGACAGGAGCUCCGCGAUUGGGAAGAGGUUGAACUCGCCGACUGGAUCCUGGAGUGGCAUCAUGCCAAAGGAGUUCCGCUCGUAGGAGAAUUCAAGGUGACGAUGUACAUGUACUCGAAGGACAUGGAGCGUCGUCCUACCGGACCAUUCGACACCUACGAUUUCUCACUGACUGGACCUCUGAAGAAAGGGGCACUCAGUGGUCUCUUCUUCGAUAAGGAUUUCCGUGUCAAGUUGUUCGGGAUCGAGAUACGACUCCCUCUGGAGCAGCUAGAGGUAUAG